AUGUUCUCUGGCACAGGCUUCCUUGCCCUGGUGGCACUCGCUCUGCUCGACCAGACCUUUGCACACAUGACCCUCAAGACUCCUGUACCAUAUGGCAUCGACACCCUGGAUACCUCCCCCCUGCUCAAUCUGGCAAUCAGUGACCCUCAGUCGAACUACCCAUGCAAGCAGCGUGCCGGCGUGUACGACGUCAGUGUGCAGAACAAGAUACCAGUCGGCGUUCCCCAGGAGCUCACUUUCGGCGGCAGUGCCUCGCACGGCGGAGGCACCUGUCAAAUAUCCGUGUCGCUCGACAAAGAACCGACCAAGUCGUCUGUCUUCAAGCUCAUUCAAGUUUUCGAGGGCGGUUGUCCCACAGCCGGUGAAGGCAACGAUGGCUCAGACAAAUUCACCUUCACCGUCCCCAAGGGCUUCCCCAACGGAGAUUUCGCGCUCGCUUGGACUUGGUACAACAAGGUUGGCAAUCGGGAGAUUUACAUGAAUUGCGCACCCAUCACCGUCACCGGUGGCGCCGACAACAACGAUGUGUACGACAGCCUUCCCAAUCAGUACCUCAUCAACCUGCCCACCUCGGAGUGCUCCACCGUCGAGACUUCCGACCAGAUCAUUCCCAACCCUGGC